AUGGCGGACGAUUCUACAGCUUCCCUUGUGAUUGACACAUCUGAACGUCCCAUUACUCCAACAUUACCAACCCCAGUUGGUUCCAAGACUCCACCGACAAUAUCAUCCAAGCGCUUUGGACAUACCGCGGAAAGAAUGUCUGCCAUCCAACGAGCCACUGAGGCCAUGGAAGCCGAUGCCCUGAAUCGAAGGUUAAAAGAACUUGAGAAUGCUGGAAGACCGCGAGACAGAACUCCAGGUCGCAGUCCUAGCCGCAAGAGACAGCGGAUUUAUGGAGAUCGAUUCAUACCAAACCGAGAUGGACAGGACCUGCAAGCAAGUUACAGCUUGUUGCAUGACGAUGCCUCACCGGCGACGCCUUCGAGAUCAAAGAAGAAGACCCCUCAUGGCGAACUCCACUUUCAGCGGACGGAAGAAGCGAACAGAACAUACUCCAAAGUCCUACGCAACGAGCUGAUGGGUGAUUCGGUUCCGCAAGACUACAGAUCUCUAUCCCCAGAUGAACUGUUUGGCCGACGUCAAACCCCUCCGGGCCAACCCUCGAUAUCAUCCAUGCCUCCUGCCUCUAUCACCCCUACUACCCCCCACAAGAACAUGUUCUCCUACAAGUCUCCGCAGAAAGUGAUCGGAUCAGGCCAUCCCACUCCCUCAUCUCGAACCGGAAAACAUCUUGGAAUCAUAAACCUGAAUGCGAGAUCGGAUUUGUACUCGAUAUCGCCCAUCAACUACUCCUCACAGUCCAUCUUGCAGACACCGCGGAAGCAGCCUCGACCGAUUGCCAAAGUCCCCUACAAAGUGCUGGACGCUCCCGAGUUGGCGGACGACUUCUAUCUGAAUCUGGUGGACUGGGGAUCGGCGAACAUCCUCGGUGUCGGGCUCGGAUCAUGUGUCUACAUGUGGAACAGUGCUACUGGCAAAGUCACACAGUUAUGCAAGCUGCCUGACAAUGAUUUGGUGACAUCUGUGGCGUGGAUCCAGCGAGGGUCACAUCUGGCGAUUGGAACACACAAGGGAUUCGUCCAGAUAUACGAUGCUGAGAAGUCCAGAAGGCUACGGACAAUGACUGGCCACUCGGCGCGAGUUGGAGCACUAGCAUGGAAUGAUCACAUCUUGACUUCUGGGUCGCGCGAUCGACUAAUAUACCAUCGGGAUGUCCGCAGUCCCGACCAGUAUCUGCGAAGGUUGGCAGGUCACAAGCAAGAAGUUUGCGGUCUUCGGUGGAACACUGAAGAUGGUCAGCUUGCGUCAGGCGGUAACGACAACAAGCUCUGCGUUUGGGAUAAACUCUCCGAGACACCCUUGUAUCGAUUCUCGAACCACGUUGCAGCGGUCAAGGCAAUUGCUUGGAGCCCCCAUCAACAUCACCUGUUGGCUUCUGGUGGUGGAACGGCAGAUCGGUCGAUCAAAUUUUGGAACACAGCAAAUGGGUCUCUCAUCAAGGAGGUCGACACAGGAAGUCAAGUGUGCAACUUGGCCUGGAGCAAGAACAGUGACGAAAUCGUCAGCACUCACGGUUACAGCCAGAACCAGAUCGUGGUGUGGAAGUAUCCAAAGAUGGAGCAGGUUGUCAGUCUGACUGGACACACCUUCCGUGUCCUCUACCUGAGCACGAGUCCAGAUGGGACCACUGUUGUGACUGGAGCCGGUGAUGAGACACUUCGAUUCUGGAGAGUGUUUGGCAAGAAAGGGAACGAAGGGAGGAACAGCGACGGCAUUGCUGGACGACUGGGCGACUGGGGUGCGAUUCGGUGA